AUGGCAGAGACGCACCCUCCGGCUACCAACGUGACUGUUGCCGAAGAUGGCGCUGUACACGAGACGACGAAUGAACGGCCCAGGACCGCGGCUGAAGCUUUACGAAAGCUGUGGACUCCGAAGAAGCUGGGUAUUGCCAUUUCUGGUCUUCUCGUCAUGAACUUCUUUAUGAACUUCACGAGUUACACCCAGAAUGUAUACGAGCCAUACGCAACAAGUCAUUUCCAGGGCCACUCUCUGCUUACGACCGGCUCCAUUAUCAACGGCAUCGUGCGCAUCGUGUCAUAUCCAUUGUUGGCUAAGCUCGCUGAUCAUUUUGGACGACCCCAAGGUUUUGCUGGAGCAGCUCUGUCGAUGGCCAUCGGCAACAUGAUGUUCGCAGCGUGUCAAAACGUGGACACUUUCCUUGCCGGAGGAAUCUUCGACUCAUUUGGAGACACGUGGUGGAACAUUACCCAGCAGAUCUUCAUUGCCGACGUGACCAGUCUUGUCAACCGCGGCAUUCUGUUCACGCUGCCCGAGUCCAUCACCGCUAUCCCGACGCUCUACGCCGGAACUUAUCUGGGAGAGCACAUCCUCCUAAACGCGUCAUGGCGCUGGGGUUAUGGCAUGUGGUCUAUCGUGCUGCCGGUCACAGCUCUGCCCACGAUCGCCAUCAUGAUUUGGAUGGGCCGCCGGGCCAAGCGCAUGGGUCUCAUCGGCGAGCGUGUCUCCCUAAUGCAUGGCGCCCCAUCCGGUCCUGUCGGCAAGGCCAAGCACUUGGCCACGGAGCUCGACCUCAUCGGCGCAUUCUUGCUUAUUGGCGGUCUCUCCAUGACUCUGCUGCCCAUCACCAUUGCCGGCCGCCGCGACACUGACAAGUGGAAGGAGGCAUCGUCCAUUGUGCUCAUCAUCGUCGGUGUCCUGACCUUUGUUGUAUUCCUCGUUUGGGACUACAAGUACGCAACGAAGCCCAUCAUCCCCUACCGCACCAUGCGCGCGCGCAACGUCAUCAUCGCCUGCGCGUCAGCCUGCUUCAUUGCCAUGUCCGACAGUGUCUACCGUCCGUUCCUCUCCAGCUUCCUGCAGGUCGCCGGAGACUACUCUCCCGGCGCCGCGACACGCGUCGACAACGCUCAGCGAGUAGCCUACAAUGUCGGCGCCCUGCUCUCCGGCCUGUUGCUCAAGUACUUCAAGCAGACAAAGCCAUUCAUCGCCAUCGGUGUGGUUCUCAUCCUCCUUGCCGCGGGUCUUCCAAUCUACCUCACCAACAUAUCGGGCUCGCACAUUGGUAACGAGCCUGCCUUCAUCACAGUCAAGUCGCUCCUCGGCGUGGGUCGCGGCCUCGCUCAGGUGUCUCUGCAAGUUGCCCUCCAAGCGGCCGUUGGCAAUGAGGAAAUCGCCGUGGCCACGGCCGUUUACCUCUCGUCCCUGGGCUUCGGUUCGAACCUAGGCACGACCAUCAGCGGCGGCAUCUGGAACUCGAUCCUCCCGCGCAAGCUGCGCGCCAAGUUCCCCGCAGCCGAGGCACGCAAAAUCUUUGGGUCCAUCGUCGUUGCGCAGAACUACACGAUCGGUAGUGUGGAGAGGGACGACAUCAAUGAGGCAUACCGCGAGACUCAGCAGACGCUGGCGAUCGGGUCGCUGUGCGUCGGUACGGUGCUCGUUCUUCUGGCCUGGUUAGCGCAGAACGUCAAGCUUGGAGAGGAGGACGAGAAGCGGGCGGUGCAGGCUGACGAGGAGCUUGCGUGGGCUGUCAAGGCCAGGGAUGCCGAAGGCGGAGCGCAGGCGGACGAGCUCGGCCGCGAGACAAAGUGA